AUGUUCGGUCCCGGCGUCGGGCGCCGCGGGCGCGGCAUGGCGCCCAACGUCGGGCGCAACGGGCAGGGCCUCACUCUGAUGCUGAUGCUCGUGCGGCAGGUCCAGCAGCUCGAGCGCAAGCCGCCUGUCACGCUCGGCCUCAUGGCUCUCAUGUAUGGUAUUCACUUCCAGAAGAACCAGACGCCACAGCUCUUCGCCCCAUACUCGCUCUGCCCGGACCGAGUACUGAGCAAUUGGGACUGGGAGCGGAUCGUUGCGUCGGGUCUUAUUCAUGUGGACGACUGGCACUUGUACCACAACAUGAUCUCGUUCUUGUGGAAAGGAUACAAUCUCGAGUACAAGUUGGGGAGUGUGCGGUUCCUGCUUACGGUGGGGUACUUGCUGGUGCUCUGCCAUGUCCUUGUGGUGGUGGUGGCUCUUGUUCUCGCCACGGGGUUCCAGAUGCCGGCACCACUGCAUCAGUGCAGCGUUGGAUUCUCGGGCGUGUUGUUUGCAUUAAAGGUGCUUUUGAACCACAACUCACCCGCGUUCUUCUCAAGUGUAUACGGCUUUCAAGUGCCCACAAAAUACACGGCGUGGCUAGAAUUGGUGGUGAUCCACUUCCUGGUGCCACGAAGCUCUUUCAUGGGGCACAUGUGCGGUAUUCUAGCAGGUUAUAUCUUCGUGGAUUCACCAUCGAUGCAGUCAGCUAUGACUUCUGGUGCUCGCGUGGUCAGUCGAUGGAUGCGUUCUCUGGCCGGGCCAAUCUCCAGCCGAUCGGAGCAUGACACACGAUGCGCCGCACCAGCUCAUUCUUCCCGUAGCUCGACGAGCAUGCCAGCCCAACGCUUUGAAACGGACGAGCAGCUAGCCCGUCGCCUACAAGAGGAAGAGUACCAACGAGCCCAGGACAUCGCAGCUCCACAACGUGAACAACCUUUACCUGAGCGCAUCAGCCCAAGCGAACUUCGUCGUCGGCGUUUGGCUCGAUUCGGCAGCUAG